AUGUCAAUUCCAGCGACUAGUGCCGGAGUUGAGCGUCUGUUUAACUCUACUCGGGAUAUAUGCCACUACCGCCGGGGGUCUUUAAACCUAGAGACUAUUCGUGAUAUCAUGUUGUACAUAUGUAUAACAAGAUUCGAUAUCAAGGAGGAGCAGCGGCUGAUUCUCCAAGAGUAUCUUUCAGACUAUGAGAUAACAGCUUCGGCAGAAGCACUUGAUUUCCAGACGUAUACUUUUGAGGCCAUCAGUGAUGAUGAGGAGGAGGAUGUUGAGAUCCGUCUCAAUACACCGGCUGCUAUGUCAAUUACGCAAGCAACCCUGGACGCACCGCCACUCUCAGCAGUCGCCGCUGGAAAGCCCCCUGCAGUCAAUUCUGGUGAUGAGGAAGAUUCUGAUGCCGAUGGGUUUGUGGAUCUGGAGGAGAACUUAUCAUUAUCCUUCCCUGAUACGCAGCAUCGUGUAUCGGGUAGGAUACGGAAGAAGUCGAGACUAUUAGAUGGGUAUAUAGUUUGA